CAUAUUGAACAGCCCUAUGUGCAAGUAUUGUUUGCUCUCUAUUAUAAAGUCCAUUGAUGUAAAAUCGAGACUAAUCUCCAAUUUCAUUCAAAAAAGAAAUCCAUAUAGAUGCUCAGUCAAUCUCUUAAUUUAAGCACCUUGACUUUGUAAUUAGAAAAUCAUCAUAAAUGGUGAUAGAUAAAUUAUGAGUCAAUUUAAAAAUUUGAAAUGAUUAAGUUUAUGGUCAAAUAUCAUGAUUAAUAUAUUGUUUCAUAAUUUUUUUUCCUUGCAUAUAAUACUUUCCAAAAAUUGAAAUUUGGAAAGGAGAAAUCAAGGAUUUUAUGAUUGAAUUAUGCUGAAAAGAUAUUCAUAUCACCAAAAUAAAAUGCGUUUAAACAUCAUAUUUUGUGACUAUAUAUAUCAUACUAAGCUAAGAGCUUAGGCAUCACAUGAACAAUGUGUGUUAAACCACUUAGUUAAAGAGCUCGAUAUAUUACCAUUAGUUUAAUUAUUUACUUUUAACAUGGAUAGCUCACUUCAUUUGAAAGUCAAUAUUCAAUUUUUUAAUCUAUUUACUCCAUGUAAAGGGUUUCAAAUUGUCAUUUCAUAAUUUAUUUUAUAUUAAUAUUUGCUUAUUCUUAUUGAUUUACUAGCAUGAUAAAAUAUUUCAAUUGAAUAAAACAAAUAUACAAGUUAUAAAAAAAAACAGAAUUUAUAUUGACAUACUAAAUUUCGUUUAAACCCAUAUUUUAUAACAUGUAAUAUUUAUUUAUAUAACUUUAAUAUCAACAUAUUCAAAGUGAUUAUAUUUUUAAAUCUAUUCACCCUGCGCAAGGGGUAGGUUAUCACCUAGUUCCACAUUAAAAAAAAAUCAUUGGUGUAAACUUUUAUUACACAAAUAUGCAAAUAAUCAUAAAAUCAUAUGAGUACAAACCUCAUUUAAUAUAUAUCCAUAUUAAAAUUAUACUAUAUAUCUAUGUUAAUAUCAUUUAAAUUUAAUUAUAUAUCAUAUACGAUAGAUAACAUUGAUUAUUUUGAUUUACUUACCCUAAAAUGAUUGUGAAUAAACAAGAACGGUCGUUUGAUUUAAAUGCGCACGCUAAUUUAUUACAUAAUUGUAACUAAUUUCUUAGUUAUUUAAUAUAUAAUUAUUAUUUUAUUUUUUCAUAAUAUGCAUAAAACAUAAAAUAAAUAAUAAAUAUAAAAUAUUUAUUCUGCACAAGGCACAAAUCUUAACUUAAGUAUGUAUCUCUUUAAUAAUUUUAAGUCUUAAACAUUUUCUAAAUCUCAGGCCAAAACAAAAUAACGAAAUGAGAAUAAACUCAAAAAUCAAUAUUUAUAUCGAGUAAUAACCAAAAAUAAAAAAAGGACACAAAAAUGAGAAAAAUAUUGAAGAUAGAUAAGAUUGACACGUCAACGUAAACUUUCAUAAAAAAAUUAACUUUUAAUUUGCUAAAUCAUGAUAUAAAACCGACUUGACAUAGUUUCAUUGUAACCAAAUAGUUGGUCUGAAAUUCUUCGGUCAAAACGUUAUUAUGCGAUAAGUGAUUUUUUGACCAAAAAUAUUUUUAAAAAUGAGAUCAGCUCAUGAGUAAACAAAUGAUGUAAUUAACAAAAAAAAAAUAAAAGAAAUUAUUUAAGGGCCAAAAAUAUUAAUUCGAUCAAAAUAUAAAUUUUAUUUUUUUAUAAAUAUUUCUCAAAUAAUUUUCAUAUAAAAUCACCAUCCGCUUCUUAUCCUAGUAUAUUAUUAAGAUGUAAAUAUUUAUAUAUCUGAACCCUCUAUGCGGUCGGGAGGGUUUGCGCUCAUGACAAAAGCCGAAGCCGUGUUGACAAGAUGACUUCAUUACUUUCAGUGACCAACAUAUAAUACGCAAAUUAUAUAUGUACAUUAUUUUCUCUGGUCUGUAACAAUAAACGAGUAAUGAAAUUAUAUUUUAUUGGAUUCUUCUUCUAACAACCAAAUAAGAGUUCGUAUGAGCCAACAAGAAUACAGCACACACUAUCAAAUAAUCAAACCCAUGAAACUUCCUUCUCUUUUUUUCCUUGCCAUUUUCUAGCAGCUAUAUAAACUCAUAUCACAUACCUCAGUUUCAAUCAACAAAUACAUCUAAAAUAUCAUCAAUACCUAUAAAACAUGAAGUUUUCUUGCGGCACAAGAUUUGCAUUCUUGGUUCUCUUUCUCUUUGCAGCACAAUCUGUGGCUGUCUACGCGGGUAGCUUCCACAAAGAUGUGAAAAUACACUGGGGUGAUGGACGUGGAAAGAUUCGGGACAGAGAUGGAAAGCUUCUUUCUCUCUCACUCGACAAAUCCUCCGGUUCAGGUUUUCAAUCCAACCAGGAGUUUCUAUACGGUAAAGCCGAGGUUCAAAUGAAACUUGUCCCUGGUAACUCUGCUGGAACCGUCACAACAUUCUACCUUAAAUCGCCCGGAACUACUUGGGAUGAGAUCGAUUUUGAGUUCUUGGGAAACAUAAGUGGACAUCCAUAUACUCUUCAUACUAAUGUUUACACACAAGGCUCAGGAGAAAAAGAACAACAGUUUCAUCUAUGGUUUGACCCAACCGUUAACUUUCACACUUAUUGCAUCACAUGGAAUCCCCAAAGAAUUAUUUUUACAGUUGAUGGCAUUCCUAUUAGAGAGUUCAAGAACACCGAAUCCAUGGGAGUUCCUUUCCCAAAGAACCAACCAAUGAGGCUCUAUGCGAGCCUUUGGGAAGCCGAGCAUUGGGCCACAAGGGGAGGAUUGGAGAAAACAGAUUGGUCAAAAGCUCCUUUCACUGCUUUCUACAGAAACUACAAUGUGGAAGGAUGUGUUUGGGCUAAUGGUAAAUCAUCUUGCCCCGGGAAUUCUCCAUGGUUCACUCAAAAAGUUGAUUUUGAAGGCCAGAAAAAAAUGAAAUGGGCACAGAGUAAGUACAUGAUCUACAACUAUUGCACCGAUAAGAGAAGGUUUCCUCGAGGUGUUCCUGCAGUGUGCACUUAAAUUGUUUGUUCUUUUGAUUCGUGAAUAUGUUACUUGGGAUUGUCAUUGUUGCUGGAAUGAGUCUUAUCUAUUAUUUUCAUUUAUUUGUUGCUCAUAUUAUGUGUGUGUGGUGAUUGUGUAAGAUUUUUUAGAGUAAUAACAAAUAAUAAAUUAUGGAAACAAGAGUAUUCGCUACUAAAACUUAUGAAACUUUAAAUUGUUUGACUGGAUUUGUAAGAUUCUUAAACAUUAAGAGAGGUUUAAUCUACAACAAUGCUUGAGAAGAACAUAACGGGGACAAUCCAAAUUUCAACACAUUAUUCUGAGGUGUUUUAUUGCUCACCAAAAGAAAACAUUUUUAGGCUUGGUUUCAAGCUUGUUCGUAGAAAUGGCUUGACUUAGCAGUAAGAUAGAAACGGAUUGGCUUAGAGCUAGCUUAAGUAGGUUGCUUAGAAUAUUUUAUAAUUUAAAAAAAAAAAGAAAAGAAGAUAAAAGGUGUUGCUUAAUUAAGCAUUAGAAGGAUCGUUGCUUCUGUUGCUUUUUUCUUUUGUUUAUAUCUUUUUUCUGUUCUCUCUAGCCCACUUAAUUUUUUUUCACUAUGGUCCACUUAAGAGAUCCUUAAAGGAUUUUAGCAUAAACAUGCUCUUAGAGCAUGAUUAUUGGAGGUCCUUGGUCUUGAGUCCUUAAUAUAUGUGUAUUAAGGACCCAAGACCAAGGACCCCUAAUAAUCAUGCUCUUAGUAGCAGAGCAGGUCCUGACUUUUUGGUGGCUAGAAGCGAAUAAAAAAAAGGCUGGUUCAUAAUUUUUUUUACUAAUUGUUUAUAAAUAACUAAAUAAAAAGUCUUAAACAAAAACGUUUAAAAACAUGAAAACCAAUACAUUACUGCUGAAACGUUAGACGUUAAACGUGGUAUUCGAAGAAGAGUUUACGAAAAGAAGAUCCACUAUAGAUCGCGAACACUAACUGUAGUCAGAACCAUAGCUCACCCUUGUAAAAGAAGGCAAGAGCCAUGGAAAAACUCCAUUGCUAGUCGGUAUACUCAAUUUGGCAGGAAAGAAAUGUUCAUCGAAUGCGAGAACGUAAGUUAACUCCAGCUCAGCUGCUCAAGUUAUCUCGUUUUAUAUACAAUAUACUAUAAGAAGAAUAUUGUGGAAAAUUAUUUAACAAAUAUAAAAAUCCUGUAUUCUCAGAUUAUAAAAACGAGAUUAGUACUAAUUAUUAUUACCCGUCCAUAAUUAUCACUGAAAUUUCCCCAGCGGCUGUUGAGCUUAUUAUUGUUUUUGAAAUUGUUGGUUCUCGCAAUGCAAAUCCAUAUAUAUCCACCUGAAAGUUCAAAAGUUUUCUAGGUCAGACUCUUCUCGGAUUGGCUGUUAGAUGAUAAACAAAAUAUUAAGAAGUUGAUUUUUAGUGUUUAGGCAAGAAUAUAUACAAUAAAAACUUUAUAAAUUAAUACUCGAUAAACUAAUAAACAUAAUAAAUUAAUAAAUUUAUUCGGUUCCAAAUUAGAGCGGUUCAAAAUAUGACACAAAUCGAUAAGUAAUAAGAUAAUCAUUUUUAGGAAAAUUCUAUGUAAAUACAUAGUUCCAUUAAAAUCACAAAUUAAUAAUUUAUAUAUCUAUAUUCUGUUUAGUUAUCUCUAUUUUUAAUAUUUUAAUAUAUUUUAAUAAUAUUUAAUAAAAUAUAUCUAAAUCAAAUUUAAAUUUCUUUGAAACAUAUUUUAUAUAUACUAAAUAAUAUAAUAACAACAAUAUGAAAGAUUUCUAAAAUUUGAUUAAAGUAUAUAUGGUAAAAUCAACUAUUUCUUAUUUUACAUAAAAUAUAUUUGAAAAUAUAAAUAUCUAAAUAAGGAAACUUUUAUAAAUUAAUAUAAUAC